AUGGCGAGCAGUCCGCCAAACAAUAAAACCGGCUAUACAGUUUUCUUUCUCAAAGGCGAUGCUUGUCCUCCUUACAACCUUGACACCCAAGCUAAAUAUUAUGCUGCAGACUGUGAGAAUGACGCUUCGUAUCCUACGCACCUUCUUUUCAAGACACGUUCUCGACCGUGUGCAGGGCUAUGUCCCUCGCCUGUCUCCUUGAAACAAAAGAAAGCCCUCAGAAAGGAAAAGGAAGCCUACGAUCUUGACGAUGAGGGAUUUUUUGAACUCGUCGAUGACGAGACUACUGCUGGAGAUGAUGUCGCAGCUGUAAGUGUACAUAUGGAUCACAACAACAAGAACAAGACUGCUAGCGUCAGAAAAAAUACUCGUGCAAAUCACCCAAAGGAGGAUCUAAAAGAAUGUCCGGUGUCUCCACUAGCUUCCGGAAUGCAGCCGUCAUAUCACUCUAAAAGACUUAGAACGAGACACAAAGCAUCGAAACCAGAAGAGCCUUUGUUGAAAUGGCUUCUCAAGAGAAGGUUCUGCUGUGGUUUGAUCACAAUGAUGCAAACACAAUCUGCAACGGACUGACAAUAGAGAACAACGCGAUAAAACGAUUGUUCCCGACGGUUU